CUUUAGGAAGCGCUUUGCGGCGGCCGUACAAACAGCCAUCUCCCGACCGCUGGGCGCCAGGAGGCAGCGCGGAGCGCGGCUCGGCGCUAAUCAUUAACCUCUCCCGGCCGCCCCGGGCCGCGUGCAUCGCUGCUCCCGCACUGCCCGGGGCGGACGGCGGCUCCCCGCUCUCUCCCCGUUCCGCCGACGCCCGGGGGGCAGCGCGCCGUCAUGGAGGGCGAGGCGAACGGCACCUUCCUGACGUCCUGCGGCGAGAGCGAGCCGCCCUACGCUCAGGAGCUGCUGGGGAGCCUUGACUUAGCUGGUAAAUUUCUCUUUGCAAUCUUGACUCUGAUGACACUAAUUGCCAAUCUGGUAUUUAUAGAAGAAGUGAUCUACAUCUACAGGAAAAUCCCCUCCUCCAGAAGAUCCAUUUUAAUUUGGAUAAAUGCUGCAGCUCCAGUGAUUGCUACAACCUCAUGCAUUGGCAUGUGGAUUCCUCGCUCAACAAUGUUUACAGAUUUCACAGCAUCAGUAUUUUUUGCCAUAGUUAUCCACAAGUUCCUGAUGAUGAUGAUUAAAGAAUGUGGGGGUCAAAAGCUGUUCCUGAAACGGUUUGAAAAUGGCCACUUCAAGAUCAGCACGGGGCCCUGCUGUUGCUGCUGCCUGUGCCUGCCCGGUGUGCGCAUCACUAGGCGAUCCCUCUUUUGGCUGAAGCUGGGCACCUUCCAGUUUGCUUUAUUUCGACCUGUUUUCAUGUUUUUGUCAACAGUGCUUUGGACCAAUGGCAAUUACAGCCUUUCCAAUUUAUCUCCCAAAGGAGCUGCAAUAUGGAUUAGCUGCUUCAUUGCUAUCCUUACCAUUAUUGCUCUGUGGCCAGUUGGAAUCAUGUUUCAGCAAGUUAGGGUUCUCCUUAACUGUAAGAAGAUCAUCCCAAAGUUUGCUCUUUAUCAGUUUAUCCUCAUUCUGAACCACUUGCAGACAGCUAUUAUCAACAUUUUGGCUAUGCAAAGAAUUAUCCCUUGUGCUCCACCACUCUCUUCUCCAGCAAGAGGAGCGUAUAUAAGCCACCAGAUCCUCAUCAUGGAAAUGUUUCUAAUAACUUUAAUCUCAAGAGUGGUCUAUCGGAGAAGAUACAAUGAGCUUGACCCUCCAGAAUGUAUCACUGAAGAAGCUGGGAUCAAGAAGCAGACUCCUACCCUGAAUGUCGCAGUUAAUGAAGAUGGAUUGCGAGGGUUUUAGAGGCUUCCAGUGUUCCUGCUCUGUUCCUGCCAGCAGGAGCUGGGAGCUCAGCUUCUUUCACUGUGUAUGGCCCCAGUGCAUGUCAGAACAACUUCUGAUAGAAAUGCCUGUGAGCUGUGCUGAAAGGACCAACAAGUGGAAAGAUAACCCUAUUUAUUUUCCAGUGAUAUGUACGUGGUGUGAGUGUUUUCAUACCAUGUAUUUUAUUCUUCAGCACUUGAUGGUAGUCAAAUGAUCUCAUAAUGUGAUUUUUUUUUUUUUUUUUUAAUUAGCUAUUAGAAUUGCUGUGAUUUAAUUUGAAGCUGUUCCUGUUCCAUCUCUUGAUUUCAUUUAGUUCUGUUUCAGGUAGCCUGGAUUAUUCUCAUAUGUCUAAAACAGCAUAUUCCCAUCCUUUCUGCAUUAAAAUUUAUCAGCUCUCACUCAGUGUUACAAGGUCACCAUAGCAAGUCUCAUCAGUAAAUGUUUGUUUUGAAGACCUCAGACUGAUAUGGGCUCUCCACCUACAUAAAUGAUGAUCUCUUUAGGAUGAGACUUUUUAUUUUCCCUGGCAUUUCACCUCCUAAACUGGUAAAAACACAGUUGCCAUUUGUAAAUAUGUCAUUGGCUGAUGCUCUUGCUAGAGAACGGAGACUCCCUGUUGCAGGCCUGGAAAAAGAAAGUAGGAAUCAGCCUUAGAUGUGUUCUGUUACUACUCUGUGGUGUUAUGUAAUACUUUGGUUUUCUGAUGUAGAAAAUGGGAAUUAUGAUACUCAAGAUCCUUGCAUUCAAGAUGGCUAUGGGAAUGAGUACUGUUGAAAAGAAUCUCUUUCAAAAACCUACCUCUCCAGCUUCUCCACCUCCCAGAUCUGUCCUGCUCAGUGUUUGUAACCAUUUUGCUGAAAACAGUUUUGGUUGGUUUGUUUGUUUGUUUAUUUCAAAAGAUCCCAUUGUUUUUCAACGAGCCUAAUUAUUUUGAUUCAGCUCACUAUAAUUUGUAAUAUGACAGCAUGUUUGGUAAGCCCUUGGAUAUGCUGUGUAUUGGGAUAGGAGCUGCAGAACUAUAUGCUAGCGCUCCUUUCUCCUCAUCUGGUCUGAUCCCUAGAAGUAAAUAAUUCAUCCAUAUAGCAGGAACGUUUAUUCCAUAAGGAGACAGGGACACUUCAUGUUGGAAAAGAUGUUAAUAACAUCCUUUACCAAUAUGGUAUCAAAUACAACUUUUCAUCAGAGACAAGCACGGCAGGUAGUGGGCCUUUAUUUCUCAUUUACAUGGAGCUCCAAAAAUACUUUUACUUUGGGAAUUGGCUGUGGAAAAUGGAAUAUUCCAAAAGCUUUAGCUUGUGAAUAAGCUGGAAGAAGAAAAAGAAGUUGAAUUAAACAGAACAUUUUCUUUCUGAUAGAGGUAAAAAAUAGUAUUUUCUUUAACAAUGGGAGAAUUCCAUGAUAAUAGAAAAAACUGAAUUAUUUUUUGUUUGAAGUGGUUGAAACAAUUUUUAUAUGAUUUUUUUUCUAAGCACGCAAUCCAUGAAAUUAAUACCGAUUCUUGAACUGCAUUAAUGUGAGAGAAUCUACUUUUUUUUUUUCCUUGAAAAAUUUAGGUGAAAAUUUUCACUCUACUUUGGAGUGUGUCAGUAGAAUUAACAAAUCAGCUGAUAUCUUAAUGUGAGAAAUCUUAAUAUAAUUUAACAUUAUGGCUAUUGGCAUAUUCCUAAUGUUGCUUUAUAUCAGUUUAGGUCACAGAUACAUUUGUAAUGUUUCUCUUAUCAACUUGUGGAACAGUGCUUCAUAACAGUAUUGGGAAUGGUUGUCUGUAAGCUGAAGAAGGUUCAAAAUUGGAAAAUAAAACAUGUUGACUUGGUAAGGUAUUUUGUGAACUGCUGUGGAAAAGACUUUAAUUACUAGAUCAAUUGAGCACUACUGGAAAAUGUUUUCUAUAGCAGUUCUGUAAAGGUGAUGUCUUGGUGAGUGGGAUCUGUUGCAAGGAAGAACAGGUCCAUGUGCUGAAGCAUGAUCACUUUUGAAAACAGAUGGAGCAUAUGGAGAAAUGGUGGUCGCUGUCUGUCCUAUGAAGGCACCUGAAGGCACAGCAAGAGCCUUCACCCAUUCUUCUUUUGGGGCAUUUAUUCAAUGAAAACAGAUCUUUUCUUCUAUCACUUUUGGUCUGGUCUUUGUCAUGUCUCUGAAAUGUCUGCUAAAUGUAUCUUGUAAACAUCGGUGUAGGCCUGAUUUUUCUAUAGGUUUCACUAGCUGUUAUGCUUUUGGGCAGAUAUUUAAAACCUACUGUUGUAUUGACCUGACAUUCUUCAGCAAUGAAAUGUACUGUCAGGUGGUGAUUGUCAAGUGGACUUUACAUUUGACAGCAGACACUUUCCUUUUUACUAUGUAGUCUCACUCCAGAAGUCAC